AUGAGUGUGCGUUGGUGGCGUGCCGUGCUGCUGUGCGGUUGCGUGUUGGUGUUGCGGAGCGACGCGCUGCCUCCCGCAACCCUCGGCGAUGUGGUUGCCAACACCGCAACGAGCCUCAACUCCAUGAAGGUAACGGGUGCAUGGAGGCGGUUAUCCAGUACAGUGAGCGAGUCAGUUGGUCUGAAGCACGCUCUACGGCGUCUUCAGGCAGUGCCAGCGAGAGCAGCGCGUCUCGUGCACGCACUAGUGGAUCGUAUACGGGUUGGUGGAGGACCUAUAGUCUUUACACAAUUAGGAGCACUGCGUGGACGGAAACUUGUUACCAGAACCACCGCACAAACGCCUUACUACGGCUUUAAGGGUAUUAGAUAUGCACAGCCACCCAGUGGGUCACUGCGGUUUCGUCCACCAGUACCUUUAGAGCCUUGGACUGGUGUACGAGAUGCGUUGGAAGAGGGCGCUGUGUGUCCUCAUCGUUUCAUGUUGUUUGACACUUACAAGGGAGAUGAGGACUGUUUGUUCCUUAAUGUUUAUACACCAGCGCUGCCGGACAAAACAUCUGGGUAUAAUCCCAAAUUAGCAGUGAUGGUGUGGAUCCAUGGAGGGGCGUUCGCGAUGGGAUCCGGUAACGCUUUUCUGUACGGACCCGACAAUCUUGUCGCGGCGGGCGUAGUACUGGUCACACUUAACUACAGGCUUGGAGCUCUUGGCUUCCUGAGCCUUGAAAACGAUGAAGUUCCUGGAAAUAUGGGUCUCAAGGAUCAAGUGAUGGCGUUGAAGUGGGUUCGUGACAACAUUGAGGCAUUUGGUGGCGACCCAACCAAGGUUACUAUCUUCGGGGAGUCCGCUGGUGCGGCCUCUGUCCACCUUCACAUGCUAUCACCAGCCUCACAGGGCUUGUUCCACGCAGCGAUUGCCCAAAGUGGUGUUGCGAUUGCUCCUUGGGCGUUAGCGCACGAACCACUUGCACGGGCCUUUGAACUCGGCAAGGAGCUCGGCAUCGAUACUAACAGUACAGCUGAACUAUUGGGAUACCUGCGCGCUACGCCUAGUGAACUGUUGGUAAAGGCUGGUGCACGACUCGUGGGUGCGAAGGGCAAGUCGAUGGAUCUGCAGAGUACUGUUGCGCUGCCAUUUUUGCCAGCAUUGGAGCCUCCAGGCCCAGGCGCCUUUCUUACACAGUCCCCUAAUGAUAACCUAACAGGUGCCGAUGUACCCUUCCUCACCGGAUACAAUGCGCAGGAAGGAAUUAUUUUGUUUCGACGUUUACAACACUACCCGAAAUUGUUGAACGACUUAGAGCAGGAAUUCAGGCGUGUGGUGCCGCCAGAGCUCCAGAGUACCAACGAAACUAUCACUGAUAAGAUAUCUGAGUCCAUCAGAGCGUUUUAUUUCCAACAGCGACCUGUCGAUGCCAGGAAUGUGGACAGUCUAAUUGAUUUAUUCACAGAUGUUAUGUUCCUGCGUCCAGUUUUAGAAACAGUUCGUCAGCAAGUUAAAAGUAAUCGCACUAGCCCGACCUAUUUGUAUCGAUUCGCCUUUGACGGAGCCUUGGGGCUGUUCAAGCGCAUGCUAGGAAUCACGCAUCCUGGCGCAUGUCAUGGCGACGAGAUGGGCUACCUGUUCUACUUUUCUAGAUUAAACUACAGAUUGGACGAUGAUUCGACUGAGUUAGCAGUUUCACGACGAAUGGUUCAAAUGUGGACAAACUUUGCUAAAACAGGGAAUCCCACACCUCCCGUCGACUAUGUCUCUGUAGAUGACUUUACGUGGCCACAAGUAAACGAUUCAGAACAAAUAAGUUAUCUCGACAUCACUGGCAACUUCACUGUCAGAACUGACCCUGAGGCGAAAAGAAUCAAGUACUGGAAUUGGUUGUACGAAAACUACGAAAGAAAACCUCAAGGGAACACAACAGACACACAGUGA